GACGCUUGUUGGAGUUUCGACAAGCGGAGGGAGCAAAAUGGCGGACGAAGAUAUUACGCUUGAUGGAAAACCUCUACAAUCGCUCCGAGUUGCGGAUUUGAAAGCCGCCUUGGAGCAAAGAAACCUCCCGAAGAGCGGGCAGAAGAACACCCUCAUAAAGCGACUGAAAGGGGCACUGAUGUUGGAGAAUCUUCAGAAGUCAUCGUCCUCUCACAGCGGGCUGCAGCCCAACUCACAGAUUGGUGAGGAGAUGAGCCAGAACAGCUUCAUAAAACAGUACCUGGCCAAGCAGCAGGAGCUCCUUCGACAGCGGCUGGAGAGAGAGGCCCAGCAGGACGAAGAGGCAGAAGAGAGUCCAGCAGUGCCUGAGGAAGAUGACGACCACUCUGAUGACAAUGACAGCUCCUUUGUCCCAGACAAGCAUCGCUCCAUACCCUCCCAGCCCACAAUGACCCGGGACGAUAAAGGAGGAGGGAAUGCAAUGAUGGGUCAUGCAAUGAUGGCGUGUGCUGCCAACAUGGACCCCUCUGCUACCCUCCACCCUCAGGAGUCCCUCGAGGCUCCGGGAGCCUGGAUGCAGCGAGCCGCCUUUCUUCAGGGGCACAAGGAGCCACCGGCGCCUUCUCCUCCUCGCGCUGUAGCCUCCCUCUCAGUGCGCGUCCUGGGCCAGCCAGACCGCCAGGGGCUGCCCCCGCCUGUCCCCCGAGCCCAGGAGAAGGAGGGCACAGCACCGAGCGAACCGGGAUCAGCUCACUCUGUCCUACACCUUAGCAGAUCUGCCGGAGUUGCCGCAGGAAGUCGCGCCCAUGUGGAGGAUGACGACGAUGACAGCGGCGAUGAUGAAAGCGAGGAUGACGAUGAUUGGGGGCCUGGUCCCGGCGGAGUGAGACGGGGGAACAGAGCGCCUCCCCAGCCGCAGCAGAUGCCCCCCAGUUUCCCGCCAGCGGCAGCAAGAUCCAAACGCAAGCUGCAGCCUCCGCAGCACAUCCCACCACCACAGGUACACCACACUCCAAUGCAACUGCGUCACCCAACUCCUCCGCCCUCUCCACCUCCUGACCUGUUCCCCCUCCCUGACACUCCCAAGCAGAGCCCGCCAGACGCAGAGGACCAGGAGAGGGGAGGUCCUGAUGCUGCACGUGGUCCAAGGGGAGGGUCAUUUCCUCCUUCCACCCUGCAGAGGCAGGACUCUGACUCCAGCUCUCGUUCCAGCAGCCCAGAGCCCCUCAUGAAGCGCAAGCCGGGCCCGCUCUCUCUGCUCGUUCACAAGAUGGAGACAGAAGGAGCUUUCACCUCUGCUGCAGGUGUGUCCGGAGAAUCGGCACAUUCCACCGCGGGGCCCGCCUGUUCCAGCGAAUCACCGCUGCAAAGACUGGACAGAAAGAGGCUUGAAGAGAGCAGGGAGAAGGAGGAAGAGAGACGACUGAAAGAGCAGAAGGAGAGGGAAAGGCAAGAGGAGCAGGACCGAGAAAGGAGGAAGAUUCAAGAGCAAGAGAAGGAGAGGAAACGCCUGGAAGAGGAGAAAGAGAAGGAGAAGGAGAAGGAGAGGAAGCGGCUCGAGGAAGAAGAGAAGCAGCGUCAGAAAGAGGAGCAAGAAAAAGAGAGGAAACGCCAGGAGGAGGCGAAACAGCGUCAGAAGGAGGAGCGAGAAAAAGAGAGGAAACGACAGGAAGAGGAGAAAGAGAAAGAGAGGAAGCGCCAGGAAGAGGAGAAGAGAAAAGAGACAGUCCACAAAGGCAAGGUGGCUGUGACUGAAGCCCAGGAUUCCUCAUCAGAUUCAGACUCCAAAUCAGACUCCUCCUCUCGUUCAUCACACUCCUCCUCUUCGGGGGAAGAAACUCGUCCUUCAAAGCAGCCGAAGAAGGUAGACCAAGGACGAGCAGGAGAGGAUGAGAAAAAGACUGUCCCGGGUACAGAGGCGGAGAAACGACACCUUCCCAAAAGGGAGGUGUCGGAGCCCAGCGCAGCCGCUGUCACAGAGGUGGAGCCAGACUCGGAGAGCUCCAUGGCCCAGCAGCCGCCCUCUGGGGCCGAGCCGGAAAACAGCGAGGGCCACCUGGAGGAGAGCACCACUCCUAAGGCUUUCGCUGCACGCAAGAUCUCCCUGACGAGCACUAAGACGUCACCAGCCACCACAGAUGGAGGAGCAGGAGAGUCUGACACUGGAGCUGCAGGAGGCAGGAAGAGGAGGUGGGGCUCCAGCACAUCAGUGACUGCAAAGAAACCAUCCAUCAGCAUCACCACAGACUCACUGAAGUCUUUGAUCCCAGACAUCAAAAUAAACCAGGAGGCGGUGGUGGAGCUCCACCCGGAGGAGCUGCAGCUGUCAGGGGAUGAGGAGAGUCUGGACAACAGUCGGAGCGACCAGGACCAAGGCUUGAAGAUCCGGCGCACCGUCACACAGGUUGUCCCAGAUGACAAUCAGGAAAAUGGACAGACGAAUGAAGAAGAGGAGGUGGAGAAAACAGAAAAAGAAAUACAGCGCCGCACUUCCAGAGACAAGAGGAAGAACAGCGUUUCUGAGGAAGCCUCGGACUCACAGACGUCAGUGAAGAUGGACGGAGAGGCACAGAAAGUCACCCCCAGCGACAGCCUGGUGCGUCGCUCAAUCAGCCAGCAGAAGUCCGGCGUGUCGGUCACCAUCGAUGACCCGGUCCGCGCAAGCAGGCAGCCCUCACCUCCUCACGGCAAAGUCUCAAACAUCAUCCAUGUCACCAACCUGGUACGACCGUUCACCCUGGGCCAACUCAAAGAGCUGCUGAGCAGGACGGGCAGCGUGCUGGAGGAGGGCUUCUGGAUCGACAAGAUCAAGUCUCACUGCUUUGUCACCUACGCCACCGCAGAGGAGGCGGUCGCCACCAGAGCCGCCCUGCACGGCGUGAAAUGGCCUCAGAGCAAUCCCAAAGUCCUGAACGUGGACUUCAGCGAGCAGGAUGAGGUGGACUUCCACAAAGGAAUCCUGAAACCAGAAAAGGAGUCGGACCACGUCCCCGAGCCUGGCGUCCCUCAGCCCCGCCUGCCUCCUCUGAUGCCCGAGCGAGACCGAAACAGAGAGAGGGACCGCGACAGAGACCGGGAGAGGGAUCGCGACCGUGAACGGGAGCGAGGCGGCGGCGUUGUCGGAGUAGGAGUAGGAGUAGGACCAGGAGGAGUCAGGGACCUGUGGGCAGAGCGGGAGAGGGAGAUGGAGCGGCGGGAACGAGCCCGUGGCGAGAGGGAGUGGGACCGGGAUAAGAUCCGGGAAUUUGCAAGGCCGGGAGAGGAGGGGAAUCGAUCUCGAUCUAGAGAAAGGGAGAGGAGGAGGAGGGAGAGGAACAAGAGCAAAGAGAGGAAAACAGAUAAGAAAGAAAAGGGAGACGAGCCUCCGGCCAAACUGCUGGACGACUUGUUCCUGAAGACCAAAGCAGCUCCCUGUAUCUACUGGCUCCCCCUCACUGAGGAGCAGGUGGCGCAGAGGCUUCUGGACCGCACAGAGCGCCAGAAGGAGCGCGAGCGCCGGCGCAAGGAGCUAGAGGAGGAGGACAAGAAGCGAGAGGAGGAGAAGAAGGAGAGGCUGAAGGUCCGGGAGAAGGACGGCAGCACAACAGCGAGCGGCACUGCAGCAGCAGCAGCAGGAACAGGAGGAGGAGGAGCCGGGCGAGCAGCUGACGGAGACAGAGAGAGGGAGCGUGCCCGAGACAGGGAGGGGGACAAGAAGAGGGACGGCGGCCACCGACCCAGACGGCCGUCGGCAGGCACCGGGAACGGACGACGCUCUCGUAGCCGUAGCAAUCAGAGGGACAGACGCCGCUGAGGGGAAGAUGAAGAAGUUGAAGAGAGAGAGGAGAGGAAGAGGGGGCCGUGGCUGAAGGGGAGAGGAAACUGCAGAUGCAUAAAUCACAUUUCUGGAGACUGAAAAUCUCUGAGUCCAGGACUUGUCUGCUUUGUCCCAUCGCGCUUUCUUACAUCGUCCACUCUGACGCCGGCGUUGUCUUCCACACACUUCUGUCCAGUUCUCAACAGUUCAUGUAGCGCCACUCUCUCCUGUCCUCUCUCUGUCUACCAGAAGCUAAAGAUGGCCCUCCUCUUCCUCCGUAGUGCCGUUUGGUGUCCUCCGUGUGUCAGAAAAGAAGCAGAGAGCGUCUUCUGGUGGUUUCUUUCGACUCUCAGCGUUUUGUCCCUCCUGAGGUUUUUUGGGAAGCCCGCCUCUUUAUUUUAGUUCUGCGGGUUGCAGUUCCUUCCUCCUCUGAGCCCUGUAAUAAAAACCAGUUCAAAAUAGAUCCCUGAACCGUUCGGAUAUUUUCUAGGAUCAGUUUUAGUGUUUAACUUUUUUCAGCACUGACUGUAUUUUCUUCUUUCUUUUUUUUUAAACUUUCAGGCUGUGUUUGUCAAAGUGCGGAGAGUCGUUUUUGUUUUGAAGUUUUAUAAAUCAUGAAUCAUG